GUGGAGGUGAAGCUUGUUGGAACCGUUUCAGUAAAAUUUAUUUUUGCAUUUAUCCAAGAGGGGAUUCUGCUUUUAGCCUGCAGCCUUCUGGUUUGUGCGUCUGUCCCGGACGAGGGGGCGGUGGGGUGGCGACACGUCAUAUCAGCCGCCGCGCUCUGAUUGGCUACCGAUCCUCACCCGACACAGCUGUGAUUGUUUUCUGCAGAGGAAGCUCUUGUCCCUGGUAUGAGCUUCUGUGCUGUGGAAUGGAGCAGCACUGUUUCCCUCUCUCUCUCUCUGUCUGCUAACGAUGAUGUGAACAAACAGCGUGAUCCUCGCAGUCCUUGUUGCAACGAGAAGGAAAACAAGGAGGAGAUCAUUCAACCGAGGCAGAAGCAGAUCUGAUCCCAUCUUGAGAUCAAGUGCCCAAUGCCCAGACUAGAGGAGCACUGCUGGAGCUGCUCCUGUGCAUCAAGGGUUGAAACUAAACACUCAUCCAAAGCUGAAGAAAUGAUGUCCAUCAUCACCUCGGUGCUCAGCAAUGCCUACGGCUCUCUGCACGACGUGCGGACGGCCAACCUGAUCCGCCGGGGUCUGGUGCUCUUCACCGUGGGAGCGUUUCUCGCCCUGGUGCUCAACUUGCUGCAGAUCCAGAGACAUGUCACCCUGUUUCCAGAGGAGGUGAUGACAACUUUGUUUUCGUCCGCCUGGUGGAUCCCACCGUGCUGCGGCACAGGGGCCGCUGUUGUGGGCUUGCUGUAUCCCUGCCUCGACAGCCACCUGGGAGAGCCGCACAAGUUCAAGAGGGAGUGGGCCAGCGUCAUGAGGUGCAUCGCAGUGUUCGUCGGCAUCAACCACGCCAGUGUUAAACUCGACUUUGACAACAACGUGCAGCUCUCCCUCACGCUGGCAGCCUUGUCCUUGGGCCUGUGGUGGACAUUCGACCGGUCCAGGAGCGGCUUCGGUUUGGGCAUCACCACGGCCGUCCUGGCUACUGUUUUCACACAGUUGCUGGUCUACAACGGAGUUUACCAGUAUACGUCUCCAGACUUCUUGUAUGUACGCUCCUGGCUCCCAUGCAUAUUCUUCUCAGGCGGUGUUACCGUGGGAAACAUCGGACGCCAACUUGCCAUGGGUGGCGUUGAGAAACCCCACAUGGACUGAACAGAGGAAACGCAGAAAACCAGGCGAAGGACAGACAACGUAAAGAUGGACAAGUUACGUGAAGAAUGAGGAGAAUAACAGGAGAGAAAAAAGACUCAUUGUUUUCACUUCAUCCUUUGUUCUCAUAACAAAGUGCGGGUCAGAAGAAAAAAGCCCCUCAUCUAACGUGCCAUGUCCUCUGCACCUCCUUGUGGCCAAACAAGUCCCGCCCACCUCUGUUCUACUCCAUUAGCAUUAAGGCUUCCUUCACACUACACAGGAGGACAGUGUUUGCCUUUUUUUAGUUGUUUUUGAAGUGAACUGGUUUUAUUUUAAUGCUGGAAGUACGUAUCUUUCUGCAGGUUAUGGAGUGGAAGCGUGCGCGUGUGCUUUAGUGUGGAUGCGUCCUGGUCUUAGCAGAGAAGACCGGUUUGUUUUAAAGCCUGAAUAUAUUAUGAUCAUAAAAGGGAAAUGUUGUAUGAGUGGGCAAAAGAAAAAUGUCUUCACUCUCGCAUUGAAAUGUAUUCAGCGGCCUCAGUUGCAUCACUGGGGCACAGGGGAGAUGUAUGUUCCCAGUUUAACCAAAUUAAGUAUUUAUUUUGUAGUUUUCAAUGACCCCGAACCAAAAGUACCGUAUGAAUGAUGCUUCCCACUUUUGAAAGAUAUUUUUUGGGAAAUGACUUUCUUGCAGAGGGUCAUAUUUGUAAGGUGAGCCAAAGCAAGCAGCAGUGUGGAACAUACUGGUACAUAUUUACCGUAAAACAUGAGGGUGGCAUCGACCUUUUCAUCUUAUUUCAACUCUCAAGUGACGAAGCACAUGCGAGAGGAUGGUAGAUGGAAUGAAGAGAGGCAGGAAAUGAAAUGUUUUCAAGAGUGCCAAUUAGUUUUUGUACUGGCGACAAUGAGAUAUAUUUAGUCGCAACGUCGUAUUCACAACUGUCUGCCAGUACAAGAUCACUUCUUAUUGUCAGGAAAACUACUCUGAGACCUUCAGUACAUGUUUUGUCUGCUUCUUACAACUUUGAGACACACAGACAGCGGAUUGUUGAGUAAGGAAGUAAGACGUCAACUCAUUAGUCACGAUGGAAAUUCACAUUUUGUGUUUUUUAUCAGCAGUUAUGCAAGAAUGUACCAGGAGUAUACUACAACUACUUUUGCCAGCACCUAUGGUCAUUGUUAAACCAGUUUAAAACACUGUUGUGACCGGGUGGUGAAUGUUUUUGUGAUCAUAUACAUUAUUUCCCACUCCAGAUUUAAACUAUUGGGAACAUACACCAGUUGAAAGAGAGGACAGGACAUUAUUACUUAAGAUUUGCAAUCUGUGAUUGCCUGUGUAUUAUAGAAUGUAGUGCUUUUGUCACUAUAACAGUUUAGUUUUCUCAUUUGUACAAACAUAAUGACAUUAUUGCUUAUGUCUAAUGGCUUUCCUAUGUGAUCAGACAGGUAUUAUUACCAUACUAGACCUACAGUAUGUUAGUUAGCGUUUGGGGGGUCUAGAGGAUUAAGUGCAAUCAGAUUAUACAUGAGCCGAUUAUUCUUCCUUAUUUAUUAUUAUUUCUGACAAUGGCUAAAAAAAAAAACAUAACUUGUUGUAAGAAUAUGCAGUGAAGAUACUUAAAAAAAAAAAGCAAUAACAUCUUUGUUUUUGUGAACAAGAUUUGUGUCAGAGAUUACAUGCCUUCAGAGUCAAUACCAAUGACUCUCACCAGAGAGACAACAUAAAAAAGAUAUUGUGUCAAACUGUUGUAAAAAAAAUCUCAUUUAGUCGAAGAAAACAUGAUUUAUUUUUUUAAAUACUGUUUUUGUGGCGGAUCACUUCAGGUUAAAUCUGCUUACAUUCAGGUGUGUUUCACUGAAGAAGAAGCUUUAUUUUUUUGAGGUGGUGAAGCACCUUUUGUUUCGAUGUUUUAAGAGUUCCUGUGUGUCUGAUAUUUCAGCCAUGUAUCAUUUUUGCUACCAUGGAUUUAAGUGAAAAAUAAACACCUGAUAAGGA